AUGGACGUAGAACCAACUACCACAACAACUACAGCAAACCUCACCCAAGGGUCUUCUUCUGAGAACACAAAAGCGUUGGAAGACAAUAUUGUGAAUUUGACUGAAGACGGGAAAAAAGCGUUUGCUUUACACGACUAUGAGUUAGCAAUUACAAAGUUUGGUGAAGCCUCUGAUUUACUAGGUAAACAAUAUGGUGAAGAAUCCAGUCAAUACGCAGAUGCCUUAGUUCUAUAUGGUAGAGCACUACUUGAAAAUGCCAUAGCCCAAAGCUCUGUAUUUGGGAACGAUGCAUUACCAAAAAGCACUGAAGAUUCAAAUGUAAUUCCUGUUGAAGUUCCACUUGAAAAAAAGCAAAAUUUCCAAUUUGAGGGUGAGCCAAAUUUCGGCGAAAACGAGAUUGAUGAAGACGAGGAAAUGGAAGAUGCGGAGCAAGCAGCGGAAGCAGACCAUUCAGAUGACUUGAGUGUUGCAUGGGAGUCUCUCGAUGCCGCAAGAGUUAUCUACUCAAAAAUUGAUACAGAGGAGGCGAAAGCUAAGCUGGGGGAUGUGUAUAUUGCGUUGGGUGAUAUUUCACUUGAGAAUGAAACCUUUGAUCAGGCGGUGAAUGAUUACAGAGAGGCAUUGAAUAUCAAAUUAAAGAUAUGUUCCGAGGAAGAUCCGCUUGCGUUAGAACUAAGCACGUCUGAGCAAGAUCUCGCCGUGGACCACAUUCAAAAGGCAAUUGAAGUAUUGGAGAAACGAAAAGUUUUCUUGAGCACACAGUUAAAUAGCAUUGAAGAGCAACAGCAGCAAGAUUCUGGUAAGGGGAAAGGUAUAGCAGCAGAUCAAACAGGUCGGGAUGACGUUGAUGAUAACGCUACAAAAGUUAUCAAGAAAGAGUUGAAUGAAAUUGAUGAUUUCUUAGUGGAAAUGAAUGCAAAGGUUCUUUUAUUUUUAGACAUUUUGCAGUUGAUAUUUAUGGAAACUAAAUUUUAA